CUCCUCAACCGGAAAAUAAUUACAUAACAUAAACACAAGCGACUGGCUGGCAUAAAAAGACAAGAUAUCACAUCUAACUUUAAAUAAAUUACUUUUAUAAUGUCGCUUUUGCGUUUAUGACUACCUAUAUGUUUAUCAUACUUUUUUCAAGACCGAUAUCUUGUUAGCUACAGCUGCUAGAUCAAUUUAUUACUUUUUUUGCUAGCUAACGUCAAGUUAUGCCUCAAGAGGUUCAAGAAGGAGCGGUUGUUCUCCCGUUGGUAAGGUCUCUGAAUAGUCGAAUACCGUCGUUUGCAGUGUUUUGUAAUCGGAGUCCUCGAAUCGUGCGACCAGUAUGGAUUAAUUUCCGCGGGGACCCUCAACCCUACGAUAUUUUACAGCCAGGAAAAGGAGUGAAAAUUUGCACCUUCGUAGGUCAUCCCUGGAUGUUCAGAGAUGCAGAGACAGACGAGGCGCUGAAGGCGAAUAGUAAAGAGAUGUUCCUGCCCAAACCAGUGGAGAAUGGACAGGCUGUCCAGGUUAACAUCACAUUACCAGUCUUCAGCUUGAAGGAGCGUGCCCUCCAGGUAGUGCGGUGCCUGGUCCGUCCAGAGGACUACAGGAGGCUGGAGAUUGCCCGGUGUCUCCAUGAGGAGCUGGAGGACCGUCCCAGCGUGCUGAAGGACCUGAUGCGCAUCUCUCAACGCGUGGAACAGCGCCUCCUAGAAGACAGGCAGCAACCCUAGGAGGCAUGGGGAGCGACAGAGUAGGAGUGCUGAUUAUAGAUAUCGCUAAAUGGCUCUGAUUCUGCUGUUGAUUGUUCUGAAUCUAUCAAAAUAAUAAGAUAACAUAAUUUAAGAUGGUCUGAUUGGACACUGGGACGUCAGGGUUGAAUUCACUGCUGUAGCGACUACCGAGGGUCUUCUCCAUUUAUUUAUUUUUAGCAAUUGCUUAAUAUGUACUUCGUAGCUUAUAUGUCUCUGCAUUCAAUGAGAAAAACAUUUGUAAACCAAUUCAGUGGCCUGACAUUAGAGCAGGGAUCAAAUCAAAUCUAAUUGUAUUGGCCACAUGCGCCGAAUACAACAGGUGCAGACAUUACAGUGAAA